AUGUCGCGGAGACCACAACUGACAGUGCGGACGAGAGAACCUCAACAGUCAGUUAUUUCUCGUCUUCAAGGCCUCUUUCCAACAUCCCCCAACGCUCUUUCCGGUAUAUCACCUUCAGCUAAUGAUGACGCCACUCUACGGCCGCCUCAAUCUUCGACUACUGCUCCCAAAUUUCUCAAGAUUCGCAUAUUGACUUGGAACAUGCAUGAUUCAGUCCCAAAGGGCGAUUUGGAAGAACUUCUUGGCAAGGUUCCUCCAUAUACCUCUUCCUUCUCACCCACUUCCUCUUCGUCGUCUCCAGAAUUUCCUCAAUUAGAUGCGGAUGCAGAACACCCUUAUCAUCUUAUCCUUGUAGCUGGACAAGAAUGUCCAUCCACAUCUGAAGGAAUUCCCAUGGGUCUCGGAGCUGGAUUCAAACUCAAGGAAGAUAAGGACAAAGAAGAAAAACCCCGCUCAUCCAAACCAAUUCACGGACAAGAAUCUCUUAAGUACAAGAAGAGUAGUGGUACCGACGAGUAUACCCAAGAAACCGCAACUCAUAAUAGUGGAUGGACAUCUAUUGUAGAAGAUUGGCUGUGUCAUGGCGGUUCCAUGGCUCGCGCUGCUUCACCUACAACAUCAGACAUCGGCGUACAUAAACCGUUGUCUCCUCGAACCGUAUUGACAGUGAAAGAAUCAACAGCGAAACAGGGUCCCUACCAACUGCUCUGCAAAGAGCGGCUACUGGGAAUCUAUCUGGCAAUGUACGUUCAUCGAGAUCUCAAACCUUUGGUCGAAAGCACUUCUAAAGCUUUCGUGCCGGCUGGAUUAUUGGGUGGUCGAUGGGGUAACAAGGGCGGAGUAGGCAUCAGUGCUAAAAUUUAUGGAAGAUCUUUCCUUUUCCUGAACUGCCACCUCGCAGCUCAAGUUGACAAAGCCAAUCUACAUGAUCGUCUCAACAAUUUCAAUAAGAUCAAAACUGAACUUUCCGUAGAUGAUUUUCUCUCAAGCGACGAUCCGCGUGUCAUGGCGGAAGAUCUAACCGACAAGUUUGACUAUACCUUCGUUUUUGGCGAUCUGAAUUUUCGCCUUGAUAUCUCCAGGCUUCAUGCGGACUGGCUUAUCUCCAGACAAGGUAAUUCAUCUAAAGUUGUAUUCAUCCAAUCAGGCAUUUACCCAACUUCAGAUUAUGCUCAAGCGCUUGCCUUUGACCAGCUUAAAAAUUUGAUGGAGCACGGUCGAGCUUUUGUCGGUUUCAGUGAGGGUGUUAUUAUGUUUCCUCCAACAUUCAAAUACGAUGUAAUGCGCACCUUGAAACGCAACAAGCAUCGAUCUGGCCACAGACCGGGUCAGCUCCGGUACCCUCAUGAAAAAGCACGCCGCUUGACUGAAGUCGAUGAGAAAGAAUUGGACACAGUGGAGCACGAGCUGAGAAUUGACGACGAGGAUGGAGACCAGGAGAGUGACGGCGAAGACGAGGACAGGGAAGAGGACCCAGAUGCAGAAGGGGAAGGGGAAGAGGAAUCCACAUCACUAGCCUCGUCUAUCUGGACAUCUAUGCAUUCCAAGGCAAUUACCGAACAACAACCCGACGAAAGUUACUUUAGCUCCACACCUAACAUGAUGCGCAGUGCCAGUGCCCCCGGAAGUCGAGCCUCUUUAUCUCUCGCUGCUCACAAAGCGAAGACCAAGUGGCGUUCUUUGUUAUCACCCACAGCCCCUUCGAGCCCGACAAAGUGGCUCAAAAAACCUCCUUUCUUAGAGCAACAGCAGAAUCUUCUUACAAGGCUCCAGAAGCGCAAAACUCAGCAAUCUGUUGAAGACUUGAAAUUAGGAGGCUCUGAACCCGAGAUAAGCCCCGAUGCUGCUUCGUCGCAUACCGCUCAGCGUAGCAGGGUCAACUCUUCCAAGUCGCAAGUACCGAGUGAUGAUGACGAUGUUUCUCAGGAGGAUAAAGGGGUGUAUGAUUCGUCUCAUAAAAGACGUGUUCCCGGCUGGUGUGAUCGAAUCCUUUUCAAAAGUACUGUACAACCCAAUCCAGAGGUUGAAGCAGAUGUGGCUGACAAUUCUGUUCGCACACGAACUAAGAUGGGGCAAUUUUUUGCAAAUGCCUUCCGUCCACUAUCAGCUCGAUCACGGAGGGAAUCAUACAGCUCUUUAUCAUCGCUAGUUCAUUCCGUUGCCUCAUCUGUAUCGAAUCACAACAGUGCCACACCUACUCCGAGAGGCGACUCUACACCUUCGUCAGUGAUACACUCUGCCGACCUUCUGGAGCAAGUAGCCCCGUUUUCAAGGUUUGUCUAUGGAAAUUCAAGCCCCCUUCCGUUCGACACUUCCCCUAGCGAAGUCAUAACCCCAGCUGCUAACCAGCUUCCCUCUCAUAACGAACAUGGCUCCUCUCAAGUCAAGAGAUCAUUUUCAUCCUCUUCUCGAAAACAAUCUAAAACUAAUAUACUUGAAAGAAAUCCCAGAAGAGCAUCGACAUCUGCCCCUCCCGUUCCCCCCGAUUCGUCACCUUACAACGCCCCUAGAGAGCACGUAUCUACUCCGUCAAAAUGGAGGUUUUUCCCCUUCUUAUACCAUAAUUCGACAUCGAGCAGCUCUACAGAUAUAAUCUCCACGCCUCCAACUGACAUCAGCAUCAAUGUUCCUAGGCGAGGCGACUUAGUUUGUCUUAGUUAUGAUACCCUCAACGAUAAAAGUAUGAGACGUUUGGAAGGACGGAGUGACCAUAGACCCGUGAUAGGAUCCUAUGCAGUGUAUCUAUGA